GAGAGGAACGACGUUUACAAUUAGGAAAUUCAAGAUGGAAAUUAUCCAUUUUUACCAUUGAAGUUGGACUAAUAGGCUUAAUACCUCGAAAAGAAAGUGAAAAACGAACAUUUUCUUGCAUUUUCCCCCCAUUUUUUACUUUUCCGAACCUCCGGCCGGCGCCCUUCCACUCUAUCUGAGCAAUCACGAGCGUCGCAACCGCCGUCGGGAAUCAUUCUGCCCAUUUCCGUCGUAAUUUGAAUUUCUCUCUCCUCGAACUAUUGAAUUCCUCUACAAUCCAAAGGUUAAAAUUGGUGAUUAGUCUGGUACUCUUGUUGUCGGAGGAGAGGGGAAGAGAGAGAGAUUGGCAAUGUCUUCUGGAUUGGGGAAUCACUCUGCCAAUUCCGUCGUAAUUUGAAUUUCUCUCUCCUCGAAUUAUUGAAUUCCUCUACAAUCCAAAGGUUUAAAUUGGUAAUUAAUCUGGUACUCUUGUUGUCGGAGGAGAGAGAGAGAUUGGCGAUGUCAUUUGGAUUCGGGAAGCAUUCAGGGCCCACAGCACCACCAAGUGGGCCAACCUCUUUCGGUUCCUUCCCUCGUCCUUCACCGCCGACUCCUUCUCCUUCUCCCUUUCCUGAUUCCAAUUUGUCUGCUGGUCCCCGAUUUCCAAGUCCCAGGGCAUUUGAUGCUCAUUCUAAAGCUCGACCGCCUUCUCUUGAUAAUGCCCGUCCAGUAGCAAGCCCGUCUCAACCGUAUGCUGCGCCAAUUAGAACUCCUCUGUUACACAGUGGUGAUAAGAAAAUUCCCGUAACUGGAGAUUUUGGUAGCCAAAGUCACAAGAGACCUUUUCCAUCUACUCCACAAGAUUUUGGGAUGAGCACGUCUUCUAAGUUUCCACACUUUCAAAACUUGGAAAGGUCCAGAUCACCUCCUAUUCAGUACGAUGAAGAUUUUCUGCAAAAUCCUGUUAGUGAUAUUGUUGAACGCAAUGCAGACGUUUCCUCUGAUCUCCGCCACCAUGUAGCUACACAGAGAAGACAGUCACCUUCUUCAACUAUUGCUGGUGGUCAUUCAAUAAUCCAUCCCCGACCUUCUUGGAGUAAUUCUCAAAGACCUGCUACAUUUUCUCAAACUUUGGGUGUCCCUGGAAGACCUGGUGGCCACACCACUAAUUCACAGAUCGAAAGAAGCAUUUCCUCUAUGAAAAACGUUGAUACUUGGAAUUCAAAAGGAUUGUCCCCUGAGAAUGUUUUUCAGAAGAGUUCCUAUGUUAACCGAGAUUUGUCUAGAAGGCCCUCUUUAUCUCCUCCUAAGUCAAGGAUUGGGACAACUGGUGGUCGUCUGCCUGAUUUACAAAAUAGUCAGAGACCAUCUCCAUCUGCUGAUGGAAUGAAUGGAGAUACUUAUAUAACCAGGCCCGAGAGCCACUCUGUUUCAAAACGAUCUAGGUCACCCACUUCUUCUGUUGGCCAAGUCAUUCAAAUGAGUUCUUCCACUGAAGAUGGCACAGAUAGAGAAGAACAGGCCAAGGCAAAGAGAUUGGCUCGCUUUAAGACUGAGCUUGAUCUAGUUGAAAGUGAACGAGGUGACUCAAUUCCACAAGGUCAAAAUGUCACUAAGAGAGGAAUAUCUUCAAUAAAUACCAAUCGUUCUGCUGUGGAAAAACAAAAGUCUUUUGGAGACAUCCCUCCAGGAUCAAUGGAAAAUCAGGAUGUUGAAAAUGAAGAUUUGCUGUCAAGCAGUGCUAUCGUGGGGUUGUGUACUGAUAUGUGUCCAGAACCAGAGAGGGGAGAACGAGAAAGGAAAGGGGAUCUCGACCGCUAUGAGAGGUUGGACGGGGAUAGAAAUCAAACUACAGAGACACUUGCUGUUAAGAAGUAUAACAGGACUGCUGAAAGGGAAGCAGAGUUAAUUCGGCCCCUGCCAAUCUUAGAGAAGACAAUGGAUUAUCUUCUAGGGUUGCUAGAUCAGCCGUAUGACGAUGGAUUCCUUCGCUUGUAUAAUUUCAUGUGGGAUAGGAUGAGGGCAAUACGAAUGGACCUGAGAAUGCAACACAUCUUUAAUGACAGGGCUAUAACUAUGCUGGAGCAAAUGAUACGGCUUCACAUAAUAGCUAUGCAUGAAUUGUGUGAAUUCUCAAGAGGAGAAGGCUUUUCAGAGGGAUUUGACGCUCACCUCAAUAUCGAACAGAUGAACAAAACAUCUGUUGAAUUGUUUCAGAUGUAUGAUGAUCACAAGAAGAGAGGAAUUUUUAUCCCUACAGAAAAGGAAUUUCGUGGCUAUUAUGCUCUUCUUAAAUUGGACAAACAUCCUGGUUACAAAGUAGAACCUUCAGAGCUCUCGCUUGAUCUUGCUAAGAUGACAGCUGAGAUAAGGCAAACACUAGAUGUUCUAUUUGCCCGCGAUGUUGCAAGAUCUUGUAGAACUAGCAAUUUCGUAGCUUUCUUCCGGCAUGCAAGGAAAGCAAGUUAUCUUCAAGCAUGUCUGAUGCAUGCUCACUUCUCAAAGUUGAGGACACAGGCGCUUGCGUCUUUACACUCUGGUCUGCAGAAUAAUCAAGGUAUCCCUGUGGCACAUGUUGCCAAGUGGAUUGGCAUAAUUGAGGGUGAGGGCAUUGAGAGCCUUCUGGAGUAUCAUGGAUUCUUAAUAAAGGAAUUUGAAGAGCCAUAUAUGGUCAAGGAAGGUCCAUUUCUGAAUGUUGAGAAGGAUUAUCCCACUCGGUGUUCGACACUCGUUCACAGAAAGAAAUCCGAUACCAUUAAGGAGGAUGUAUUAUCUUCACGUCAAGUGAUAUUAUUGCCAUCUGAGCCUAGGAAGGAGCUUCGGUCAAAUAAGAAUUUAAAGGAUAAGCAUGUAGUGGUUCAACCUAUAAAAACAAUAAGCCCACUUGUUUCUGAUGAUGGACAGAUGGACGUUGAAGCUGUCUCAUCACCUAUACGUAACAUGCAAGACCAGCCAGAUCUUGAAACAUCAAGAAGCAUGCGAAAUCAAGUAGAUCUUGGAAAAUCACGAGAUGAUCAACCUUUCACAGGUGCCAAUGGCAUGGUAUCCGUAGGUUCUCCGAGAGAUAACAUUGACGCUUUUUCAAGCUUUCGAACUUAUAACAUGCUGAACCAACCUUCUCCCGUAAGCCCGAGAUAUGGUUCACUUAUUGCUGAUGUUGACCAAUCGAUUUUUAAGGGUUCUCCACAGACUUCCCCUAUACGGCAUUUUCUUCCUGCUGCCAAGUCAUCCAAUUUUGUAUGGAAAAGGCAGGAUAACUUUGAAGAACCUGUUAAAAGUUCUCCAGAGAUUGUUGUGCACUCUGAAGUCGAAUCAAUACACCCAGAAGUUGUGUCUGCAAAUGUGGGGAAAGUGUUAGAACCUGCUUCUGAAGCUGAAUCUAGUGUCGUGAGCUUAUUACAAGAUGACGUGCCCAUGAAAGAAAUGCCAAGAGAAGAAUUGUAUGAUGUGCAGCAGAAAGUUGACGAUAUUCUUGUUGAUAAUUACGACGAAGAAGUUGCUGAGGCUAAGCUGAGGCUGUUGCUAAGGCUAUGGAGGAGGCACACUAUUAGGAAGAAAAAUAUCCGUGAACAGAACAGAUUAGCUGCAAAUGCUGCUUUAAGUUCACUCUCUCUGGGACCACCAAUUCGGCAAAACCAUGAUAAAACUACACCUUGCCGGAAGUUAAACAUUGAUCAAGCAAUGAACGAAAUAUACGAAAAGCGCCAACUGUCUUUGGCGAGAUGGAAUGUCUCUGACCUUGUGGCGAGUAAGCUGGCUGUGAAAAAUGAAAGUUCAAAUAUUAUAUGUUGGAAGGUCAUCACCUUCUCUUGGUUGCAACAUGGAAAAAGUGACAUAGAAGCAAUGAGUCCUCUAUCACAUUUAUCUCUAGAUGAAUGGUUACGUUACAAGCUGAUUCCUGCUAGAAAAGACGUAUCUGAGGAGAAUUUUGUCAUUUCAGCUCCAGCGUUGUCAGUUUGGAGGAAGUGGGCUUCUUCUGAUCAGUCUGGUGAUUUUAGGUGCUUCUUUUCAGUCAUCAAGAAUACACAUUCUGGUACUUUUGAGAAGAAUCUAGUUGGAGUUAAUGCUAUACUGUUUCCCAUCUCAGAGACUCUCCCAUGGGACAUUCAAAAGGCCCAACUUAAUAAUCUCGUGAUAUCGUUACCAGCAGAAGCUUGCAUUCCUCUUUUGAUUACAAGUAGUUAUGGCGAAGAUAACUUCACAGAUUCCUGCAGUAUAGUUGAUAAACUAGGGCUUAAAGAUCUUGAUAAGUCACGAAUCAGCAGUUAUAUGGUGUUUUCCCUAAAUGAGGAGGUUCAUGGGCAGUUUCCUGGAUAUUUUAGUGAUCAGAAGUUAAAGGAAGGGCUUCUAUGGUUAGCUUCUGAAUCACGCUCGCAACCUGUUCUUUGUUGCAUGAGUAUACGCGAGUUAUUUUCCCUUCAUUUGAAUUCGUGCUUUAAUGUGCUCGACCUCAUGGGUGAUGAUAAAGUAGGUCCGUACCACUGUAUCUCAGCCUUUAAUCAAGCUUUGGAUCAAUCAAUAGAAAAUAUUAUUACUGCUGCUAACACAAAUUCAAAUGGGUGGCCUUGUCCUGAAUUAUCAUUAUUCGAUCUUACUACUGCUGAAUCUAGAGCUGUAAAGCAGUUCUUGCCAACAUUUGGAUGGAGUUCCCCUGAAGAAGUACAACCCUUGAUAUCUGCAUUAAGAAAUUGCAUGCUUCCAUCAUUUUCUGAUGACAUAUCUUGGUUAAACAGAUUCUACAGUACUGAAAAGGAUAUUGAAGAUCAAAAUCAGCUUCUACAAGACUGUUUGAUCAGAUACUUAACCCAGUCAAGUAGUAUGUUGAAUUUGAUGAUGGCAACGAAAGAAGCUCGUGUGAUGGCGCAAAAGUACACUCGGCUUGAACUUCAUGACGCGGAAUACAAGGUGGUUCCGAAUUGGGUGCUCAUAUUUCGAAGAGUGUUCAACUGGCAUAUAAAUAGUUCAGCUAGCUUUUCAUGUAAAGCUUAUGUUCUUGAGCAAUCUGUUUCAAGUUUUAGUCCUCGGUUUCUUGAUAAGUUGGAACUUGAAACUCCUAAACCUCGUUACAUAGAUCAUCCUUUGUUUGAUGAGAUGGUUGAGGUUAGUUGCAGUCCAAUUGUUUCUAAAAGAAUAAGGUCUUCUCCACCAAAGGAGGGUUUUCAAAAUGUGGCUGCAAUAGUUUCUGGUGAAUAUACUGAAGAGAGAAACCAGUGCUCGGAAAUUCACGGUUUAGAUUAUUCGGAUAUCCGUAUGAGGAAAAACGACGCGCCCAUGGUUUUUGAAGAUGAAAAAGGAGCUGAUAGGCUGAGCCAACUGUUAGACCAGUGUAAUAUUUUGCAGGAUGAAAUUGAGAGAAAACUAUCUAUUUACUUUUGAACUUGUAAUAUGUUUUGAAGUCCUGUGACAAUGUAUUGUAUCAUUAGAGCCAUUUUAGUCUUUUAGAGGGUCGAAUUAGAGCAUUUGUAGUUUCACAGGGUUUUUUUCCCUAGUGUAAAGCAGCCUUUUUGUAGUUUUGUACAAAGAUAAAUGAAUUAAUAAAAAAAGAGUUAAAUAUCAUAA